ACAACUAACUGGUACUAAAAAAUGAACUACAACUACUAGUAGUAUAGUAUAGUAGUUACUUCAGAUUGUCUAGCUGGCUUGCCGUUGCUUUGUAGCUGUCGAUAACGUUGCUGCCCGAACUCGACUUGGCUAGGCUAACGUUAGCAUCUAGCAGUGCUCUUUUCUAGUUCUUUCUUGUACCAUACGUUGAAAAGUUUGGGGAUAUUUUUGAUUUUUUGAAUUUUUGUAUUCGACGUCAACUGAAGUCGAGACUGGCACGCUGACUUGCUGCUUCUCUAUCUUAUCCUCCUCUCACGGAGACCUCGACAAUGGAUAGCCCCGAUGCCAGGCGCCUUCGCCAGGCACGCCGAGAAGCAAGGAAGCGAAAUAUUAAUCAGAAUGCUGCAGAUCGUCUACGACGGAUACAGGGAGUGCAGUCUUCUGGUGCAACUGUGACUCGUCCAGAAGUGGAAAACAGAGAAUCCCAAGAGGCUAAUUCUGGCGACAUUUCUGUAACAAGGCCUGGAAGUAGCGAAACAGCGAACACCAAUGUCGAUGAAGCCUCUGCUGCUGGUGCUGGUCUUAUUGAAGAGACCCAGCGAAAUGACAACGAUAGGAGAAUACCCGAAGGGGGUUUGGCUGCCACUGGUGCGACAGCGGAUGGAAGUGAGGAUGGAUCAAUUUUGAAAAGGAGAAUUGUGCGUAAGCCAGAUACUAAUGAUGAAUCACAGUCACUGGAGAAACAACAUGAAAGCAUGGCCAUCAAGUCGUCAAGUGCAGAAAUUGGUCAAGCAGAGCAAUCCUCUUCUCGACACGCAGCAGAGGCAAGUGGAGCAGCUGGUACAGAGAAGGACAAGUCGUCAACGAGCAGCUCUCUUGCAUCUCAAUCUCAAUCCUCGGAGAACAAUGCUGCGAAACAGGACAAAGCGGUUGGACAGCAGCCACAGGUACUGUCAGGCCCAUGGCUAGUCCUGUUGACUGUCAGUACCAUACUCUGUGCUGUACUGAACGUAGCAAGUCGAAUCUCAUUUGCAUCAAUGAGUGCAGAGUUCCAGGCCUACUGGGAACAGGGUGUGGUAAUUAGCCUAAACGUGUUCUGCGCAUGGCUAGCUUACCUGAUUCCCCAGUUGCUGCUGCGAUCCUACCGUCGACACAAGUCGCGCGCUGCACCACCUCCCACCGUUGCUACACCGGUCUCAGCUGAACUAGCUGCUCUAACGUCUAUGGUUAGUGGUGGUGGUGGUGGUGGUGGUGGUGGUGGUGAUGGCAAUGCUGCAAGGGCUGUUACUUCUGCACUGGUUAGCGGGUUGCUUCCUGCACCUGCUCGCCGUGCUAUUGUCUAUGUUGGCUGGUUGCUUAGCUGGUAUCAGCCUGUUGUGUUACAGUUUUCAAUCUACGUAAUCACACUCAUAGCUCUAUUUCAGAUUGCCAGCCACUUUGAUCUGGUGAAGUCGUCCAGUUAGGCGUCGCCACUACUGUGUAACUCCCCGCUCGCCAUUUUCUCUCUCUCUCUCUCACUCUCACACACACGCGCGCACGCACACACACACACACACGUACACACACACAUAAUAGACAAUGGACAAUGGACUUGAAAUGCAGUCACCCUGACUGCCACAGUAAAUACUUCUUGAGAUGUCGUCACAGACAAAUCUUCAUCUUGCAUGAAUAAACUUGAUACUUGAAUAGUAUGUUGACGUAACGUUAUAUUAUGGCAUUUCAAUAAUUUUAAGUGUUUACCUAAAACAUAUUUAUGGCCUCACACAGCAACAUGGAUCUUCUAUUCCCAUAGUAGAUAGUUUUUUUUUACAGAUUGUACAUGACUCUGUCCGAUUCUUCUCUAUUCUUUACAGUCUUCACACAAACCUGCAUACCAUACAGGUGACAUACCGGUAGUCUAAUGAGAAGUUCUGCUCCGUGUAAAAUGUA